AUGGCCGACCAACCUCCCAUGGGCCGCGACUUCAUCGACGCAAAGAACGUUGACCCCGUCGACCACAAUGACCAGACCGAUCCCGAAGACUCCGCUAGCCAGCCUCGUUUCCCGGGCCCCGGUUCGAGCACAACUGCCCCUUCCACCUCGAAGCCGCAUUCAAACAAGUUGUUGAACAAGCUCGAUCCGCGGUACGACAGUGAUGUUUUGGAGUCGGAGCAACAGGAGAAGGAGAAAGUGCAGCGGAGGGGUUGGGAUUAA